CAGCAGAGCCAAGAGUACCCAACUGCAGCGCAAGAUGGCAGACCCAAAAGAUGAACUUCCGCAAUACUCACUCAGAAUUACCUCCGAUUGGCGGACCCAAAAGAUGAACUUCCGCAUUACCUCCGAUUGGCGGACCCAAAAGAUGAACUUCCGCAAUUACCUCCGAUAGGCUUUGCGAUGCCAGAACAGUAGGUGGCGGUAUGCACCUAAACUUUCUUGCGGCAAAAUUUACAGAAGAAGAAGAACUUUCAGGAAGUUUGAAAAGAAGCAAGCCGUCCGCAUUCAUUCAAUCUCACCUCCGACCCACUCAAACUAACCCUAACCCUGCAAUUCAUUGUUUCCAUCAUGGGAAAUCUAAGUGACACUCUCAAAUUAACAGGAACAUUGCGCAGAAGAUAUGUCCUGGGCAAUGGACUGAGAAAACGGGCAGAGAUUUAGAGGUAUUUGUGCAUGCUCUAUAUUACAGUUGAAAAGUGUAUAACAGUUUUCCAAUGCUGUUACUUGUGGCGAACACCUUUUUGCUUGAGGUGACGCGUGCCCGCAGGUGGAAUAAUGUCACAUGUCACAACGUCCAUAUUUUCUGUUGUUUUGAUUUAUUUACUCAUUCAUCAUUUUAUGUAAGACAAAGACACAAGACCACUUCACACGGUCAAAAAACUGUUCGGCUUCCCACGUGUGCGCACCUGUCCUAAUCAACCCACCCAUUAAAUAGACAGGCACAAUAGCACUAUCUGCUGGCACAAAAAAUACAUAACAAUAAACUGCAAAACCCCAAUCUGGCUCCUACAAAGUGUAUGUGACAAGAUGAUUAACGUUUGCUUUUGUUAAAUCAGGGCUUCCCCAGCCAGGACUUCGGCUCAGACUGUGGCAUAUUCAUGUUGAUGGUAGGUCAUAACGAGCUGUAAUGCACAAAUAUUGUAUCUAGAAUAACUUUCCAACAUGGACUUUUUAAAAGUUAUCUCACAUGUUGUCUCAUAAUUUUUUUUUUUUUAAGUCUGCCAUGUACAUCGUUAUGGAGUCACAGUUUGACUACUCAGUUGUAAGUACUUUUCAACACGCAGUGUCAUCCUCAAGGUUGUAUUUUGUAUUGUGCACUAAAAUGAAAUACAAACAACAAUUUCAGCAUGACAUGCCUGUUUUGCGGCGAUGGUGGUGCCUGUUGCCCCUGGAGAACAAUUCUUUGAACAGGUAGACAGUUUAAGUAAACUAGAGGCCCUAAUUAACUGGAAGACAAUCAAUAUAUUGUACUUAAAGAUAUAUUGUCAUUACAGUUGUGGGAAAAUCUUCACCCACUGGACCAAAGAAUGUCAAGAGCUCAUUGCUGGAAAGCAUACUCCGGUCUUCAGUCUAAAGAGGAAGGCAGAGCAGCAGGACAUAGAGGUUAGAAAAUUGCCUUCUAAAAACAGUAUUAUGUCAGUGGGAGUCCUUCAAAAUGCACACAGUUGUAUGGAUCAACAUUGUCUCGAUGUAUUUGGUAAUUGAUGUUACUUUUCAAAUUGACUUGUCAAGGAAACCAUGACGCAGACGGCAUCGGAUGUCCAAAGAAUGUGCAUGGCAGAUUCCAUGAAAUUCUGUGUCUACCAGACAUCGCAGGAGAGAGGUGUGUUGCAGACUCAAUUUAAUAAAUGCAUUUAUCGGGGCCUAUUCAGUGAUUUUCCAUGAAGUGACCACUUUUACAUAUAGCUUAAAUGCACGAAUCAUGCGGGAAAAUUAUUUAUACAUUCAAAUGUGCUGUAGAGGUAUAAUCAAUUGGACAGCGUGUUUGUUUAAUAUUAUGUUUGUCUCUCAUUUGAUCAGAUUGCUUUACCCUGAGGUAAAAUUGAUAAAAUGGGUCCAGUGCAAGACGUGCAGGGGCUGGCUGCAUCAGGAUUGUGCCGGGAUUGAAAUGGAGCCGUUUGACUGCGGCUGCGAGGACUCCAUUGAGCAUCCUCGGUAUAACAUAAUUUAUCAAGGAAACAUAGUAUCAGUCAAAAAUACGAGGCGCAAAGGAUGAAAAAUGAGGGCUUGCUCUUUUUCUUAUUUCUCUGCAGGAUCAAGGAUGCUGUUGACAGUGGAGGAAUUGAUGCUGUCUUUUCUAAGACACAGAUCAAGGUUGCUUUUGAAUGCACUAUCAGUUGUUAAAGCCACCGUUUCUUUUUCAGAUGAUUACAUUUUUGUCUCUUGCUCUUUGGUUUCAGACAUUACACAAUGAUCUACUCUCUGGAAAGAUCCGCUCCAACAGGAUGUUUCUUUGGAGGAAUCCCGCCACCUCACUCCGGCUAAAGCAGCAUCUUAAGAUAAGGACACUAAGUUGGAGUGAGCAGCGCGUAAGUAAAAAUGCCAUCCAUCAUGAGUAUUUUUACUCUCAGAGGUGUUACAUUUGAAAGGUGUUUACUUUCUGUGUUUUUCUUCAAUAGAUGUUCGAGCUCCUGCGGUUUAUUGAGGAGGCAACAACCAUAUCAGAAAAAAUCAAAAGAGGCGAGAUUCACCUGCUUGAUUUUGUUUUUGAUGUCAUGCUCCCAGAGGUGAGUAGAUCAAACUAUAUAGCUUGCUUUGAAAAUUGAUGAUAUUGUUAAGAGGUUGUUCUUAUUCAUUUGGAAAGCUCAAGAACAACAAUUAACCCAUACUGCAUAAUUUCAAUUGUUCACAUUAUUUGACUGUUUUUCAGCUUUUGAUCAAAGCACUUCAGGAGCAUGGCAUCACCCUACUCAGAGCAGAGCAGAUGAUGGCCUGUGGCAACAUAUUCUAAGCCCCCCACCACACCGACGGCAACGCUCUAAAUUAUGUAUAUACGAUUAUAUAUUUUUGGAUAUAUUUUUAUAUAUUUUUUUGGAAAAUAUUAAAGAAAUCUUUGAAGCAGUUGUAUGACAAUUUCCCAUUUCUUUACACAGUCUGUAAUGAUAUCGCAAUUCAAUUGUUUUUGCUAUAUGGCUCUUCUGAACCUUAAAGAGAUCAUGUGACUUGUGUCUCUACAAUUAUUGUAUACUUGGAUUUUGCACAGUCAAGCAAUCCUGAAGAGGCUCACCAGGAAGCACACCAUUUCAUAAAUUAUGUCCCUGGUUACACAAUGUUACUAAAGGAUGGGGGGAAAAAUAUGUGCAGCAACGUAAGCACUCUCAUAAAACAUAAUUAUGAACAACAGAAAAUAUGUGAGGGUCAGGGCAACAUUGUUGACAUUAAACGAGGUCCUAAUAGAUUCACAGUGGAGGAUACAUCACACACACACACCUGCUAAUAGGAGAAACAAGGUCACAGAGAAGUUAAGAAACAUUCAUGUGCUGUGUAAUAAAGCUAUUGGAGAGAGAAGUUAGAAAACACUCUUAUAUGAUGUGUAACGAGAGGUUAAAACAGUCCAUACUUGUAGCAAACUCUUACAUAAGAAUUUGAGUAAGAUGAUAACUUCUAUAUACAUUUACCUAUUCUGACAAAUUAUCAAAAUAUGAGGACAUCAGUCUAUAUAUACAUAUUACUGUAAACUUCAGAAUUAAAUCAGAACAAAACAGUAGUCAUAAUUAAUACAUAAACGUUUUGUUUUGAUUUUUAGCUCAAUAAUAAAUUCAAUUCGAUUCUUACGGAAUGAACGGAGCGAAAAAAAAAAAAAAAAGCUUGCGGCGACUAAAUCCGACUACCGGAAGUCCCUUCUGACAAAAAAAAUCGAUCAUUGGAAUAACCUUCCCACAUGUUGUUUCUUUAUUUAGCUGGAAGAAUUAAUUCGGUUUGAAACGUACCGCAUGGAUGUGACCAAAAAACAAACUUUUGGCGAAAUAUUUCGGCGCCGGAAGUCUGCCAACGAGAAAGCCCAUCCGCCGGAAGGUAAUUCUUUUGGGUCCGCCAAUCGGAGGUAAUGCAGAAGUUCAUUGCGGAAGUUCAUCUUUUGGGUCCGCCAUCUUGCGCUGCAGUUGUGUCCCUCUCAGCAGAGCUAAAGCUUUUUUUUUUUUUUUUAACAACUUUAUUAUCAUCUGUUGUAAUUACAAAGGACAAAUAUAUAUGUAAUCAGGUAAUGCAAAGUCCAUAUUGUAGAAACAGAAAAGAGAAAAAAAAAAAGAAAAAAGUGUAUCAGAAAGAACAUCGCAAGAACACGUACAAGCAAACCAUAUAGAAGCUAUCGAAAGAUAUUAAACAAAGUGCAGGCAGUAAUAGUUUUCAUUGCUUUGGGUUUUUCAGCAUAUUUGAUUGAGUGAAUGUAUUGUCAGAUCUCAUUAUCAAAGGCAAUAAAGUGGGGUUUCCUGUUUGUGAAUUUACAACGAUGAAUAUGAGACUUGGCCAUUAUAAGAAUAAAAUUGAUAAUCCAUACUGUAUGUGUGUUCUUUUCUGUACAUUAUCAUUUUUUCAAGAUACCAAACACAACAUUCUUCCACAGUAAAACAAAAUCAACAUCAAUAUUCUCAGAAACAAAAUUACACAAGCUCUGCCAAAAUCUUUUAACAACAGGACAAUACCAAAAUAAGUGAACAACAGUCUCAGGGCAUGCCUUACAAAACUGCAGUUCCUUUCAAUUUCUUUUUAAAAUCUUUUUUUAAUGUAAUCUCUUGCUGAAUAGAAUUUGUGAAUGAGUAUAAAGGAGACUUCUUUAACGUUAUUUGUGAUCAAGUAUCUAUUAGUUAAAAGCCAGGCCUGUUUUCAUGCAAUACAGUAUUUCCCAUAAAUUGACUCCAGUAUGAAGUCACAUGUGGCAAUGUAAUAUUAUCCCUCUGGAAAAACAGAUUUCCAAAGAUGGAGCUCUCUCCCCUUAUCACUGAUUGGGAGAAUCAACGCAGUGAAGAUGAAUGUCCUGCCCAUAUUUCUUUUCUAUUUUUUUUCUUACCCAAGCAAAUGUUUAAACUCUUGAUCAAGUUAUUACAUCUUUUUUGUAGGUCGGCAAAUCCCCCAGAAUAAUAUAAAGUCAUUACUGCACACAUUUAAAUCUGAUGGAGGCCUUAAUUUACCAAAUUUUCUUUUUUGUUAUUGGUCAGCCCAUAUUCGUAAAUUAAUUUACUGGCUGUAAUCUCCUGACCUCCUUCCGUGUAGGCUAGAGACUCAGUCAUGUAUCUCAUUUUCAACUGCUAACCUACUUAAAUAUUCACUACCUAUCAAUCCUUCAAAGUUUUCCAAGAACCCUUUGGUGCUCUACUUUUUAAAAGAUCUGGUACUCGUUUAGUUGCCAUUUUGAGUAUACAUCACCUUCAUCUUCAAUGCCUAUAGUGAACAACCAUCUCUUCCCCCAUCUUUUAAUACAUCCUAUAUAUUUUGGCAGAACCAAGGUAUUUAAUCUUUUAAAGACCUUUAUAAAGAUGGCACUUUCUUUUCCUUUGAAUAUCUUCUAAUAUUAAUUUACCCAAAUCCCAUUUAUUUCUUUAUUUUCAAAUUAGACAAGGUGCCUCCUCAGUUUAUACGUGUUGUCCUUCCCUUCCCUCUACCCAUGACUUGGGAACAUGAAUUAGGGGUAAAUUUGACUGAUCAAUGGUGGGAUAAAGCGGUGCAUAGCACAAGUUCAAGAACGCCUUGUGCCAGGCUGCAGCUAACACAGUUCAAGGUCUUGCAUAGGGCCAAACUAACCAAAUUUAGAUUUUCUGAACUAUAUACUCAUGUUUCAGAUCAAUGUGAUAGAUGUCAUGCUUCUUUGUGUAACUGGAGUCAUAUGCUAUUUUUCUGUCCUAGACUACAUCAACUUUAGAGUGAUAAUUUUAUGAACUUGUCAAGAGUUCUAGGAAUUCAGGUUAAGGUGGACCGCUUUUUUGCUAUAUCUGGAAUUUCACUUGAUCAAGUUCAACUUAAUUCCAUACAAUCACAGGUAUAAGCUUUUACUUCUCUUUUAAUGAGGCGUUGAAUCCCACUUCUCUGGAAAUCCUCCAAACCUUCUUCUGUGCCUUAAUGAUAUUAUGUCAUUUCUCAAAUUAGAGGAGAUAACUUUAACAGUGAAAGGCAGGUCUAGCAAGUUUUCUGAUGUAGCAGAAAAAGCUUUAACUGAUGUAAUGAGUAAGAUUUGACAGAUCAUAUUUAUGACAUUUAUAACCAAUCUUACAGAGCCUGUAAUUUACAAAACUGUUUAAUAUAUUACUGUGACAAGCUGUAUUAUAGCUGUAAAAUGCACAAAUAAGUCAUGAAAUACCAGCUGUUCAAGUGACAGGUGUUGAUUUACUGAUCAAUGGUUAUACUCCUGAAUGAAAAAGUUAACAGGACACAAAGGUGGGGAAACUAGGCACCACAUUUGAAGAAGAUGGUUUUUAUCUCUCUCUGCCCAGUCCACACGCUUCUGCGGCUACGAUUCAUAAAUAAAUACAUCUGAAAGCAUCAAUGGACACUUCUCAUAGUACAUUACAAUGUGUAACAUUGGAGGACAUAAUGCUCGUUCAUUUUGUGUAGUGCUGCAUGGUUAUUCAUUGAUUAUGUACACUCUAAUAUUUGGCAACACAUUUUUCAAAGGGGUAGAGAGAAGACCAAAGAAAUCAUUAAAUAAAUAACUUUGAUUAUUUCAAGCUCCCUCAUCCACAAGUAAAUGCAGCACUAGGGGAAUUGUAUUGCAACUGUAAACGAGUCUGCAUACUGAAAGCCUUAAGCUGUAAAAGCAGUUAGUAUUUUAUUGACCAAAGACAUAAAGGACAAAACUAUAAACACUGUUAUAUAUCCCCAACAUCCCCACCAUCUACAUUUGAACAGAGUUAUAAAAGAAAUAAACACCUUUUAAAAAAGUCCUGGGUCCAUUGUUUGAUUCCUUUUCCCCUGUACUCCAGGGUCACUGUCAAUGAAAAGGUCCAUGGCUUCUACACCAGCGGUCACACACCAGUAUAUAGUGACAGGAAGUAAAUAUACAAAAGGAAUAUAGGAUAUAUGAGAAGCGGCUUCUUCGUUUUAAAUUCAUCCCCGACGAGCAGUGAAGCAGCGCUGUAAGCAGCCCAGAAGACUCCAAACAGCUGAAAGAACAGAGCAGGCAGCAGACAGUUUAGAUACAUUACAAUACAAAGAGGCAUCACAGAAAAACACAGGUGCAAGACUAUUUUGAUUUCGGCUUACAGCUCAGGACAAUCAAGAAAAGUGUUAGUUUAUGGUGAGUACAAAAGUCAGCAGGUUCAGAUUUUUCAGAAAACCCUACUUAGGCAUCCUCCUCAGACAAGACUUACCACUAAAAUCAACUGAAGGUAAUUUACAGAAACCUCAGUUUACUUUCUGUCAUUCGAGUAAUUUACUACUCAGUCAUUUGGCUUUGACCUAACCUCCCUACAACUGUUAUCACACACACAAUAGCUGUCACACAAUGUGAAGAAUAAUACAUUGUUUGUUGAUGUACAGCCUCUUUCUUACUUUGAUUAGUGUUGAAACCACCUCAAACCCUCCAAUCACUAAGAGCACAGGAGCGAUAACGAUGAGGGGGAGGAGAGAAUAUCCAAUCACACCAAGAACCUGUCCAAAGGAAACCUGGCCAACGGAACAAGAAAAGACUGCUCACAAACAGGUCUCCUUUAGUUUACACUCACAUUAUCAUUUUUUCUGACUGAGAUAUGUCUGAGACACUCACCUCACCCCCAAGAACACGUGCCAGCAGGAAGAUCGUUAGUGAUCCAAAUAUCCAGAUGGUGAUAAUCCAAGACACAACCUGUGAAACAGAGGCAAACCUCAUGUCAUCACUGCAAACUGUAUUAAUUGCAUACCAUCCAGCAUAAUUAACCACAAUCACAUUAAGAUAGUUUGACUUUUUGUGCAUUCAGUAUGUAAACAAGGUAGCAUUAAUUGAGUGCUCUUCAACGUGAAACCACUUUAAAUCCUUCAUCACAUAUAAACAAAGGAAAAACUCUGUUCUUCAUUAUCACACACUCCACCAACUGAUCAUGUCUGGCUGAAAGGAGUUUUUGCUACCAUUUAAUUAGAGUCACGAUGCAAAGCCCAGAGGCACUAUUGUUAUACUGUGCAUUUUUUCUUAUUCCUCUUCUGGACAAAUUUUGAUAAGCUACUAGUCCUACAGCUUGAAGAGUGAAAAUGUUUACUGAGUUCAUAAUCUGUCAUAGUCUUGUGCAACUGGUUGAGACUGUUAAGAAGAUAUGAAAGACAGAUAGGUAAUCUCAAAAUGAUGUUUAAAAACAAUUUUCUUUAACUGAGCACUUUAUUUUGUUCGGUCUUUAUGUAAGUGCUGCCCUUACUAGGGUUUGUCAUAUUUAAUUAUUUUGUAGUGUUCGUUGUUUGCAUUUGUGGAUUUGUUACAGAGAAAAAGAAAAUCUGCAAUUUGAUUUUAAUAGGCCAUUUAUGGUCGUCGAAAUGUUGAUGCUUUUCUUAUAUAAAUAAAUUUAUUUCAAAAAAAGAUCUGCCCAUUUUACCUUAUGGACUAUUUUUAUUUAAGAUAUAUUUUUCAUUUAAAUGUGCACCUUAUGGAGCUACAAUUAGAAAAAAAAGGUACUCCUGCAGUUAUACAGUAUUUAUGAUUACAUUUUAUUGUUUUUUGAACAGCUGAGCAUAAUUUCAUCCGGUCAGUUUAAAUAGAACUACUUGUGACAUGUCAUAUUUAGCUUUGACUGUGACUAAACAUUUUCUCUCACUUUGCAACAACAAUAUCGAGAUAUAUAUUGUAUAUCAAUAUUCAGCCUAAAUAUAUUCAGAUUCAGAUUCAGACAACUUUAUUUAUCCCUUAAGGUCAAUUCCGUUCACAGUUACCCUGCCGUUUGAUCCAUCCAAACACACAAAUCAGCAGACAAACAAACCAGACAAGUGCAAGACAUUAAUAGCAGCCAGUAGACAACUACAUUCCCUUGUCAGUACUCACAGAUCAGCAGGAUCAGCAAUAAAUAGCUAAAUAAGUACAAUAAUAUACUUUCGGGGUAUAACUUUUGGUCCAUAUCACCCAGCCCUAGUAUAUCAUGAUCCAACUGCAAAGACUGAAGAGCUGAAACCCUCUAACAUUUGUGCCUUUGAGAUACAGAAGAUAUUCCACAUUGUCAUCAGAUGGAGCUGUCAUAACACAUGGACUUAUGAAAGCCGCACAUCAUACUGAUAUUAUAUUUACCCAUGACUGACUGUGAUUAUAGUUUUUAUAUUUACAGAUGAACACGGUGUGUCCUCUCACCUGCAGCUGCAUCUGUGUCACUUUAAGCCUGGGUUACCGGUUUGACUUUUUCAUAUUUGUCUUAUCUUAUAUUUAGCUCUUUGUUACACAGUCAGCUGAGGCCUGUUUGUGCUAAGUCAAAUCAUGUUCACAUAUUUCUUCUUCUACACACAUACUGAAGAACACACUCAAUUAAUGCAACACUUGGCUGGACUUAAAAAUGAUAGGAAAGAUUGUGGUGCGUCAGAAACAGUCAGGUUAAACAAGUCAUCAAAGAUAUUCCCUUUUGUCACAUUCAGAUAUUUCAUUUCAGAUUUUGUGGUCGGUCAGUGUUGGUAUUAAGGAUUGUAGUUCAAGUUUUUGUUUUGUUGAUUUGAUAUAGCCGGGUAGCAGCAGAAGAUUAGGGGUGAAGAGCAGCACAUCAUCUCAUCUUCAACAUGUUGGAAGUGGAGAGUGGGAUAAGAUGAGCAAUUUUUCAUAUUUCAGAUCACUACAUCAAGGCGAUCAUAGUUUUGUCUCUAGCUAGUGAAUCUGCAUACAUUUCAAGAUGUUGUGCAUCCUAGAAAACCAACAGAAUGGGUGUAAACAUAACUGUCUUGACAAUAUAGCAGGCCAAAAAAAAAGUGGUCUCCUGUGGUCAACUUACCCCAUACUGGGUUAGUUGACAUCCCUAAAUAACAGUCACUUCUUUACGUUCAUGUGUAUUUUUAUCUAUUGUAUGCUAUUGAACAGGUACAAUAAUUAUUUUUAUUAUUAUUGGAUAUAACUGCUAAAAAGCUGUUUUGUAAAAAAACAUUUUAACAUGAGAAUACCUUUUGGUGAUUCAGAACAUUCACAGCUCUAUUUCUGAAAAGAAAAAGUAAAACAUUUCAACAACCUGAACUGAAACUCUGAUCCUCUCAUCAGACUUUACUUUCUUUGUUGAGCCACUGGCUCAAGUUACCCCAGAACUACCAUGAUGACUUUGUUGGUCCUCUAAGCUAAAAUGGUGGACUUUUAUGCUAGGUUUUUGACCUCAUGUUGUAGCUCAUAGAUACCACAAUUGAUGUAUAAAACAAAUUUAAAAUGAUCUUUUUUUGGUCUGAGCACAAUUCUAAUAAAACUUAUGACGGACUAAAUUCACUUUCAAGAGUGAAUUUUUUUUUUUUUUUUUUUAAACAAAUCUCUAACCCCUUCACCCAUGUGCUUCUAACCUUCACAGACUCCAUGAAUUGACACCCAUCUCCUAAAUAUUUGAUCACAUGAUCAAUUUCUUUUACCAUUUCCAAGCAACAGGGGGUGGCUCAACUUACCCUUUGGCUUAACUUACCCCACUCUCCCUUAAAAGUUAAACUUGACACUUGACAAGAAGGCAAACUGCUGCAUGUUAAGCAAAACUAGUCUCAUACUCUAUUACAUAGUUCUAUUACAUAGAACUACCGCAUCUGCAGUGUAAAAUGAUUAUGAUGAUGAUUAUUACUUCAAGGAAAUGACCAGCUGCACUCAGUGAUUGACUCGUCAGGGCUCCCCCACAAACAAGCGGCUGCUGGAGGAGAGUGGACGAGUUGGCGUGUUUUUGCCCGGAAGACGCUGAGCUGCAUCUAGUUCAAAUGGCAAACAGCCCUUUUGUCCUUUUAAAACUGAACAACCUUAAAAAUUAGUCCCAAAUUAUGGUCCUGCUGGGGUCUUUUCUAUGGCAUGUAUCUGAAUGUAUUGGAUAUGAAAACAGUUAAAAUGCAAGGAUGGAACCUUUUUAAAAGCCCUUAAAGGUUCCUUAAAGUUAUGGGAACACCAUAUACAAGGGAACACUUUAAGACAACCACAGAGCAGAGUGGGUAACAUGCUUAAAUUUCAGGAUGUUGAGUGCUGUUUUUAACUGCUCACCCUAAACUGGCCAUAGAUGGAGAUCAUGGAGAAGAGCAGCACAACGGCCAGUGGUCCCCAGAAGUCCGGGUUGUCUCUAACCACCUGCCGGUUAUAGCCCAGUGACGGCAUUGGCAUCAGCACACAUCGAAUCUUGUAAUAGAUGUCCUUUAGGUCGAUAUCCAGCUCUUCCCUGCUUACACAGACAAGACACUCUGAAGAUUACAGAUAUUUUCACAGAACCCUAAUUGUCUUUGAAUGUCUUCUGUCUUUAUGCUUUACUGAUUAAGUUGUCAUGUUAAGUCUUAUGAAGCAAAAUUACAUGAAAAAAACCACCCUUUUGUCACAUUUACCAAUUGUUAAAUGAUGACGAACUGUGAUAAAAAAUUCCAGCCAAUAAGAAUAAAUAAGCAAGAUGUUACUGGCUUGAUAUAAAUAGAUUCAACUGUCCAUCAUGUCUGCAAAACAAGCCCCACAGUCUGCAGUUGAUUCAGUGUGCACACUGGACAAUUUCUGACUGCUGAUUAAUGUGUUGGUCAGGUCGCUCUUGUUUUCUUGUGAAUUUACCCAUAAAUGUUUUCAAAAGAAAAUGUAUGAUUUGUUUUUUCUUAUCAAACCCAGCUGACUAAAGACCAAAACUCAAAGGCCAUAGAGCAGUGAAACAAGAUGAGAGCAAAAACAGUAGUAUAAAAUACUUAAAACAGUAUAUGACAAGUGCAAUAACUCCGCAGCAGUGGGUGCGGUCAUAGACUGUAUAUACUAUGGACAACUUGGUUCCGCCUCCUGCCUGUAUAUGGAUUUGAAGCCAAAAAGCUCUUGGUAAUUCCAGGAUUUUUCUUCAUUUCCUGAAACCAGCGCUGCACAGUAGCGUUGUGCGCAUUCAGCAGGAGAGUCGCCGAGAGUCGCUGUGAUGAAGCUUGGCUCAAACAGCGCAUCGCCCGGGUGAGCUACGCAAUCCCUGAAUGCCAAUAGGCUGUAUCAGGUGUCAUUGAAAGAAAACAUGAACCCCCUAAUAUCUUUUAAAAACGGAGCUGCACAGAAAAAAAGAGGACUUGAGCACAAACCAGUCUUACUGUAACUAUAUGUCAACACCACAAGCAGGGCAGAGAAAAAUGUAUGUUCUCUGUAAUUAAUUUUUAAAGUUUGUCCACAGCCCCAUAAGCUUUGCUGGUGUAUGCAGGACUUAUGACCUAUACUGCAGCCCAUCAACAGAGGGUGCUGUUCUCAGAGUGGCUUCACCCAGCAGGGAGGCAAUCACUGUCCAUUCUAUAUACAGUCUAUGGGUGCGGUGCAGACUAAAACUUUGACAUUUAAAUUUUAAAUGACAGAUUUAAAAAAUGAAAUAUACAUGUAGUGAGCUACAGAGAGUAGAGGACAGUGAUCAAAUUAAUAAGGACAAACAAAUAUGUAAACAGAGCUUUCAGGAAACUGGCCUAUAUUAGGCGGUGGGCCAAGGCUGCAUAUCUGCUUCAGUUAUUGAAAAUAAAGAUCCCCAAUAGAGGACCUCUAUUUCAUAUUAAAAGUUUUUUUUUUUUUAAUCAGACAUACAUGCAGAUAGUGCUGGGCGAUAGGACGAUAGAUAUCGUGGGCACGAUAGAAAAUGUCUAUUGUGCCAUUUUUAUUUUUAUCGUUUCGGGCGAUAGGCUGUAUUUUAUCCAUAGGGCUUGUGCCAUCAGAUGAUUCAUAGUAACAACAACAAUAAUUGCACAUUCAGUAAGUAUAUUUGGUGUCGAACGGGAAAGAAAACAAUAUUUUCUUACAAAGAAAAGGAUGCGUUGACAUGUAGGCUUGCAUUUCUCUUUCGAUUUUGCGACAUGACGCCACUUUACGUGCCCUCUUCGUGUCCAGUGUCUCCAAGAGUACCCAGAUGCAGCGCCAAGAUGGCGGACCCAAAGAUAAAAAACCACAUUUACAAAACGCAAUAAGUUUCCGCAUUACCUCCGAUUGGCGGACCCAAAACAUGAACUUUGAACUUCUGCUUUGCGAUGCCAGAACAGUAGGUGGCGGUAUGCACCUACACUUUCUGACGGCAAAAUUUACAGAAGAAGAAGAACUCUCAGGAAGUUUGAAAAGAAGCAAGCCGUCCGCAUUCAUUCAAUCUCACCUCCGACCACUCAAACUAACCCUAACCCUGCAUUCCAUUGUUUCCAUCAUGGGAAAUCUAAGUGACGCUCUCAAAUUAACAGGAACAUUGCGCAGAAGAUAUGUCCUGGGCAAUGGACUGAGAAAACGGGCAGAGAUUUGGAGGUAUUUGUGCAUGCUCUAUAUUACAGUUGAAAAGUGUAUAACAGCUUUCCAAUGCUGUUACUUGUGGCGAACACCUUUUUGCUUGAGUUGAUGCGUGCCCGCAGGUGGAAUAAUGUCACAUGUCACACACAUUUUCUGUUGUUUUGAUUUAUUUACUCAUUCAUCAUUUUAUGUGCGCAGUGUCAUCCUCAAGAUUGUAUUUUGUAUUGUGCACUAAAAUGAAAUACAAACAACAAUUUCAGCAUGACAUGCCUGUUUGGCGGCGAUGGUGGUGCCUGUUGCUCCUGGAGAACAAUUCUUUGAACAGGUAGACAGUUUAAGUAAACUAGAUGUCCUAAUUAACUGGAAGACAAUCAAUAUAUUGUACUUAAAGAUAUAUUGUCAUUACAGUUGUGGGAAAAUCUUCGCCCACUGGACCAAAGAAUGUCAAGAGCUCAUUGCUGGAAAGCAUACUCCGGUCUUCAGUCUAAAGAGGAAGGCAGAGCAGCAGGACAUAGAGGUUAGAAAAUUGCCUUGUAAAAACAGUAUUAUGUCAGUGGGAGUCCUUCAAAAUGCACACAGUUGUAUGGAUCAACAUUGUCUCGAUGUAUUUGGUAAUUGAUGUUACUUUUCAAAUUGCCUUGUCAAGGAAACCAUGACGCAGACGGUAUCGGAUGUCCAAAGAAUGUGCAUGGCAGAUUCAAUGCAAUUCUGUGUCUACCAGACAUCGAACAACACAGGAGAGAGGUGUGUUGCAGACUCAAUUUAAUAAAUGCAAUUAUCGGGGCCUAUUCAGUGAUUUUCCAUGAAGUGACCACUUUUACAUAUAGUUUAAAUGCACGAAUCAUGCAGGAAAAUUAUUUAUACAUUCAAAUGUGCUGCAGAGGUAUAAUCAAUUGGACAGCGUGUUUGUUUAAUAUUAUGUUUGUCUCUCAUUUGAUCAGAUUGCUUUACCCUGAGGUAAACGUCAUAAAAUGGGUCCAGUGCAAGACGUGCAGGGGCUGGCUGCAUCAGGAUUGUGCUGGGAUUGAAAUGGAGCCGUUUGACUGCGGGUGCGAGGACUCCAUUGAGCAUCCUCGGUAUAACAUAAUUUAUCAAGGAAACAUAGUAUCAGUCAAAAAUACGAGGCUCAAAGGAUGAAAAAAUGAGGGCUUGCUCUUUUCUUAUUUCUCUGCAGGAUCAAGGAUGCUGUUGACAGUUGAGGAAUUGAUGCUGUCUUUUCUAAGACACAGAUCAAGGUUGCUUUUGAAUGCACUAUCAGUUGUUAAAGCCACCGUUUCUUUUUCAGAUGAUUACAUUUUUGUCUCUUGCUCUUUGGUUUCAGACAUUACACGAUGAUCUACUGUCUGGAAAGAUCCGCUCCAACAGAAUGUUCCUUUGGAGGAAUCCCGCCACCUCACUCCGACUAAAGCAGCAUCUUAAGAUAAGGACACUAAGUUGGAGUGAGCAGCGCGUAAGUAAAAAUGCCAUCCAUCAUGAGUAUUUUUACUCUCAGGGGUGUUACAUUUGAAAGGUGUUUACUUUCGGUGUUUUUCUUCAAUAGAUGUUCGAGCUCCUGCGGUUCAUUGAGGUGGCAACAAACAUUUCUAAAAAAAAUUAAAGAGAGGCGAGAUUCAUCUGCUUGAUUUCGUUUUUGACGUCAUGCUCCCAGAGGUGAGUAGAUCAAACUAUAUAGCUUGCUUUGAAAAUUGAUGAUAUUGUUAAGAGGUUGUUCUUAUUCAUUUGGAAAGCUCAAGAACAACAAUUAACCCAUACUGCAUAACUUCAAUUGUUCACAUUAUUUGACUGUUUUUCAGCUUUUGAUCAAAGCACUGAAGGAGCAUGGCAUCAACCGGUUCAGAGCAGAGCUGAUGAUGGCCUGUGGCAACGUGUUUUAAGCCCCCCACCACACCGAGAGCAGUGCUGAAUUUUGUAUAUAUAUAUAUUUUUUUUACUGUUCACAAUUUUGUUUGGAAAAAAUUAAAGAAAUCUUCAAAGCAGUUGUAUGACAAUUUCCCAUUUCUUUACACAGUCUGUAAUGAUAUCGCUAUUCAAUUGUUUUUGCUAUAUGGCUCUUCUGAACCUUAAAGAGAUCAUGUGACUUGUGUCUCUACAA